AUAUCUACAACUCACUACCACCAAUUCACCAAAAAAAAAGAAAAAUACAACUCACUACCACCUAAAAAUUAAAGCACCUUCGGCCUCUGCAUUCAUACAUGGCCUCCAUUAACCUCUGCUCUUUGUCUCGCUUCAUCCUUUUGUUGCUACCCAUACUCUUACAAUUUCAUUCUGGUAACUGUGAACUCCAGCUAAAUUAUUAUGAGCAGAGUUGCCCCAAAGCUGAGGAAAUCAUCAAGCAGCAAGUCAUCAACCUCUACCAUAAACAUGGCAAUACAGCAGUCUCCUGGGUCAGAAAUCUCUUCCAUGAUUGCAUGGUCAAGUCUUGUGAUGCAUCUCUGCUGUUAGAGACAUCGAAUGGUAUUGAAUCGGAGAAGGAGUCAGAGAGGAGCUUCGGGAUGAGAAACUUCAAGUACGUAAACACCAUUAAAGAAGCUGUGGAAAAGGAAUGCCCUUCCACAGUUUCUUGUGCCGAUAUUGUUGCUCUUUCUGCAAGGGAUGGCAUUGUCAUGCUAGGAGGACCUCAUGCUGAAAUGAAAACGGGACGAAAGGACAGCAAAGAGAGUUACGCAUCAGUCCUUGAAGAUUUUAUCCCAAAUCAUAACGAUACCAUUUCUUUGGUCCUUUCUCGCUUUCAGUCUAUUGGAAUCGAUGUUGAAAGAACAGUUGCCCUUUUAGGAGCUCAUUCCGUGGGCCGAGUUCACUGUGUGAAUCUCGUACAUAGACUUUACCCGACCGUGGACCCAACCUUGGACCCGGACUACGCCGACUACCUCAAGGGUCGUUGCCCAACCCCAUAUCCCGAUCCAAACGCAGUUCUCUACGCACGAAACGACAGAGAAACCCCUAUGAUCCUCGACAACAUGUACUACAAAAAUAUCCUCAACCACAAGGGUCCACUUAUAGUGGAUCAGCAAUUGGCCUCCGACCCGAAAACGUCGCCGUUUGUGGAGAAAAUGGCCGCCGAUAACGGAUACUUCCAUGAACAAUUUGCCAACGCCAUCGUAUUGUUAUCUGAGAAUAACCCUCUUACCGGCGACCAGGGCGAGGUCAGGAAGGACUGCCGGUUCGUUAAUGCGAAUUGAUAAUUGAUCUCCGGCUGAAGCUCCGGUCUCGGCGUCUGUCAAGUAGACUUUCUUUUUUCGUUUCAUGUUUUUGUGAAAGGUGACCCCCACAAUAAAGGAUUUAUGGAACUUUAACCCAAAGAAAAAAUGAAGCUUUUUCUAAUGGCAUGGAUUUGCUUCUGUUUUUAAAUAUAUAAUUCCUGGCUCGGCUAAAGUUCAGAAGCUUGAUUUGACUUGUUGGCCAACAAUUUGACUAAAGUUUUUCUUUUUAAUUUUAUAAAAAAAAAAAAUGGUUUUAAUGUAAAGAAAAAAAAAAGAAAAAAGUAUUAAUAAAGUGGAUAAUGCCUUAAAGGCAUUUUCCCACCAUAAAGUACUGUAUUCUUUGCAAGCUGUCUCUAGUCUUAUCUGUUUACUGUUGCAUACGAAAAGACAUUUUCUAAAUAAA